CAUGCGGCCGAUGAGGAUCGGCGUCGAUUCGAGUCGGUCAAAAGUAGUAGUAGUAGUAUUCGCGACCGACCAUCAUCCAGCACAACAGCUGCCGCCGCCAGUACACAAGCAGCGACGACGCGGCUCGAUAGUAAAAGUGAUUGAUUCUACGUGCUCUUACAGGCUCGACUUAUUGUGACGACAUAUCAGUGCAAGAUUAAUACAUGUUUGAAUAAAUAAAUAAAGUUCAUGGUGUUUAAUGCAAAGUUUGAAAAUAAUUAACGACAAAAGAUUUAACGACGACGACCCAAGUGUGCAAAAGUGUGUUAAAAACAGUGCGAACAGUGCAUAAUCAAUAAUAUAAUAUAAAAAUAAACGCGAUUAUAAAGUGGCGAUGGGUCUAGAGUCGUCGAUGACGUGAUAUCAAAACAUUGACAAGCUGGCCCUGUCGAUCAGUUGGCUCGCUUAGCAGAGAUCAAUCUUCACAGAAUGCAACGGACAAAAUUGUUGAACGGCAGCAGCGGUCUGCUGGCUGUCCUGCUACUGCUGCUGGUCGGUCGUAGUCCCGGGAUCGAGGCCUCGUGCCACUGGUCGAGCGAGCCCAACGAGAACCGCACGGCGAUAUGCAGCCUGAGGACGCUGGAUCCCUCGUCGAUGGGCGCGCUGUUUCCAUCGCUCGACGGCGCCCUCAAGCUGCGACUGAGCUGCAGCAGCGUGCACCACUUCGAGAGCACGGUUAGCGGCGAGAGCUGGCACCGCCUCGGCGGUCUGCACGAGCUCUCGAUCGUCGGCUGCAAGCUGCUGCGCAUCCCGGCGGCGGCCUUCCAGCCGCUCGGCGAGCUCAAGAGACUGACCAUCCAGACGCUCAACGUCGAGUGGGGUGUCACCCGGAGCCUCGAGCUCUCCAGCGAGGCCUUCGCCGGCCUGAGGGAGCUCCAGGUCCUCGAGAUCGUCGACAGCAAUCUACGCGCACUGCCCAAUCAGACUCUCUGCAGCCUCGCCAAUCUGCAAGUGCUCAAUCUCACCGGCAAUCAAUUCGGCAAUCUCAACGAUCUCGGCUUCGCGGGCGGAGCUGCCGCCUCGCGACUAGCCGACUGCCAAGCCGACAUUCGCGCCCUCGACCUGUCGAGGAACGAGCUGCGCAGUCUGCCCGAGGACAGCUCCUUGGGUAGUCUGCGACAGCUGCAGGAGCUCAUGCUCCAGCACAACUUCAUCGACGAGAUCUCCACGGAGGCACUGACCGGCCUCACGAGUCUGCGAGUUUUUAACGCCAGCUACAACAAUCUCGCCAAACUGCCGCACUCGCUGUUCGCCAGCACGCGCCAGAUCCGCGAGGUUCACUUGCAGUUCAAUCAGCUGCGAGAGAUACCUCCGGGCACGUUCAAUCGUCUCGAGCAAUUGGUCAUACUGAACCUCGCUGGCAACCGUCUUGGCAGCGACUUCGUCAACGAGACUACUUUCGUCGGACUGAAUCGUCUCAUUGUGCUCGACUUGUCGUAUAACGCGCUCAGCCAAAUCACCGAAUUGAUGUUCAAAGAUCUCUUCUUCCUGCAAAUUCUCGAUUUGCGCAACAACACGAUCACGCACAUACAGAGCAACGCCUUCAAGCCGUUGAACAACCUGCACACGCUCGAGCUGUCGGACAAUCAGCUGCACGCCAUCGGACCUCAGCUCUUCAACGGGCUGUUCGUCCUCAACAGGUUGACUCUGGCCGGCAACAUGAUCGCCACGGUCGACCCGGUGGCCUUCCGCAACUGCUCGGACCUCAAGGAGCUCGAUCUGAGCGGCAACCAGCUGACCGACGUGCCCGAGGCCCUACGCAACCUGGCCUUCCUCAAGACCCUCGACCUCGGCGAGAAUCGCAUCAGCGACUUUCAGAACGGCUCGUUUUACAAUUUGCAUCAGCUCACAGGUCUGCGGCUCAUCGGCAAUGAGAUUGGCAACAUAACGCGCGGCAUGCUCUGGGAUCUGCCGAGUCUGCAGAUCCUCAAUCUGGCCCGCAACAAGAUCCAGCACGUAGAGCGCGACACCUUCGAGCGCAACGGCAAGCUCGAGGCCAUCCGGCUGGACGGCAAUUUUCUCACGGACAUCAACGGUGUCUUCUCGAGCAUCGCCAGUCUGCUGCUGCUGAACUUGUCGGAGAAUCACAUCGAGUGGUUCGAUUACGCCUUCAUACCGAGCAAUCUCAAGUGGCUCGACAUCCACGGCAAUUUCAUCGAGAAGCUCGGCAAUUAUUACGACAUACGCGACCAGAAGGUGCGCACCUUGGAUGCCAGUCACAAUCGCAUCACCGAGCUGUCACCGCGCGCCGUGCCCGACAGCGUCGAGCUGCUCUUCAUCAACAACAAUUACAUCAGCGUCGUGCGGCCCAACACUUUCACCGGCAAGGUCAAUCUCACGCGCGUCGACAUGUACGCCAACAUCAUCGAGUCGAUGGAUCUGACCGCGCUGAGGCUCACCCCCGUGCCCGAGAGCAAACCACUGCCGGAAUUUUACAUCGGCGGCAAUCCCUUCAAUUGCAACUGCUCGAUGGAUUGGCUGCCGGUGAUCAACAACAUGAGCGCCCUGAGGCAGCAUCCGCGAGUGAUGGACCUCGACAACGCCAUGUGCCGAGUGACCGGGCCUCGCGGCACCACCAUCGUGCCGGCCUCGCUCGCCAAGCCCGAGCACUUCCUCUGCCGCUACGAGGCUCACUGCUUCGCUCUGUGCCACUGCUGCGACUUCGACGCCUGCGACUGCGAAAUGACCUGCCCGGCCGACUGCAAGUGCUAUCACGACCAGACCUGGAACACCAACGUCGUCGACUGCUCGGGUCUGAGCACCCGCGAGAUCCCGCGACGCAUCCCCAUGGACGCGACCGAGGUCUAUCUCGACGGCAACGAUCUGCGCGAGUUGCAAAAUCACGUGUUCAUCGGGCGCAAAAUCAUGCGUGUGCUCUUCGUGAACAACAGCAGAAUCGAGUCCAUACAGAAUCGCACCUUCAACGGCUUGAACAAUCUCCAAGUGCUGCACCUCGAAGACAAUAAAAUUCACGAGCUGCGCGGCUUCGAGUUCGAGCACCUGGUGCACCUGCGCGAGCUCUAUUUGCAAAACAACAGAAUCGAGUACAUCGGCAAUCUGACUCUGCUGCCGCUUCGCUCGCUCGAAGUGCUCAGAUUGCAUGGAAAUCUUCUCACGACUUUCCCCGUCUGGCAAGUGGGUCUGAACAGUAGACUGACCGAGCUGUCGUUGAGCAACAAUCCGUGGUCGUGUCGCUGCAAAUUCAUGCAGGAGCUCACCGCCUGGGUGUCGGAAAAUGCUCACAAGGUCAUCGACAUGCAGGACAUGUGGUGCAACAUCAACGAGGCACGACCGCCCAUUCGGCGUCGUCUCAACGUCAACGAGACAGCCUGCUCGGACUAUUACGCCCAAGGUGGCGUCAUCGAGAGCAUCAUAGUGUCGGAUUACCUGCCGAUGGUGGCCGCCACCCUCUCGGCUAUUCUGCUGCUGCUCGUGUUGGCCGUGCUCGCGUUCAUAUUCCGCGAGCCGGUACGCACUUGGGCCUACUCGCGCUACGGGGUGCGUUUCUGGGCCAAGAGCGCGGCCCCCGAGGACAAGGAGCGACUCUACGACGGCUACUUGUGCUACAGUCCCAAGGACGAAGAUCUGGUGCUGCACACGAUCGCCGCGGAGCUCGAGCACGGCGUCAGUGGUCUGAGGCUGUGUUUGCAUCAUCGGGACUUGCCGUGCUUGCGAGCGGCCGCCCCGGUGGUGCUCGAAGCCGCCGAGGCCUCGAAACGCGUGCUCAUCGUGCUCACGAGGAAUUUCCUGCAGACCGAGUGGUCGAGGUUCGAGUUCCGAGCGGCCAUGCACGAGGCGCUGCGAAGCAGACGACACGGACAGCUGAUGAUCGUGCAGGCCGGCCCCGUGCAGGAAGAGGCCGAGGCCGACCUGGAGCUCAGGCCCUACCUGCGCACCGCCGUCAUACUGCGCUGGGGCGAGAGAAGAUUCUGGGAACGAUUGCGAUUCGCCAUGCCACCCAGCGAUCCGCUGAGACGAAAAUCGGCCUCUCUCUAUCGGCGCAACGUCAACACUUACACAUUGGAAGGGCGACCCGGCGAGAAGGGAAGUCCCAGCCUACGUAUGGCCGAACACAUAGCCGCGGGACACCAUCCGCUGUUCAAGGACUCGGGUGAAAUCAUGGCGACGGCACCGCCGGCCUACUCCACGACGACCAUAGGUCACGCACCAAAUAACGCCCUCGUAGCGGCUCGAAUGGUCGAGGCUGCGGCCUCGGCGGCGACUAUGGGCCGCGAACCGAGUCCCAGACUGACCAUGAACCGAGCUUAUCAAGAGCCCUCGUUGGACGGAACAAACGACGGCAGCAGGCGGCCCCUCUCUGAGCACAUAUACUCGAGCAUCGAUUCGGAUUAUUCGACUCUCGAGCGAAACGCGUGGCGACAGCAUCCACAAGGUCACCUGCACCAUCAUCCAGGCGCAGCAGCGGCGGUGCAGCACCAGCUGCAGCAAGCCCAAAACCAACAACAACACACGACGCCGCAGUCGGGCCAGGCGUACCUCGUCUAGUGUGCGCGCCUCGCCCGAUGAACCGUUAUCUGGCAGUGGCUUUUCCGGGUGCAUGCAGCAGCAGCCGUACGUGCAGCUAGCUACAUACGUACGCGUACGAGUCCUAUGUACGUGUACCUAUAUGCGCCGAUGUGUGUGCUUGAGUUCGCGUGUGCAUGUGCGUGUGUAUAGAAAAUACAAGCAAAAAGCAACUACGAAGGAGAGGAGAAGAAGCAACGUAGGAGAGUCAGAGAAGCAGACAAGCUACUACCUGGGGCCUCUUCAGCGAUCUCGCGCACUUCCUAUACAUCCCAGCGAUGGCCUAUGAGUUCUCUACGCGCGAGAAGAAGAAGCAGAAGAAGAAUAAGAACAUGAAGGAGAAGAAGAAAAAGAAGAAGAAAAAAAUGAAAUAAGGCCUCGACUGUGCUCUGUGUGUUGUCUUCUGUGCUGUUGCUGCCGUUGUGUUCGAACGGGAGAGACAGAGAGAGUGAGAGAGUGAAUAUAUGCUAUGCGUGCGUAUCCCUCUGUGUUACAUACAUAUAUCUACGUUUCGUAAAAACCGAUUCUCUCUCGCUCUCCUCGCGAUAUACAUCUGAAUCCGCGAUUGUUCUGCCUAUAUAUAUAUGUGUGUGUGUAUGUAUCCUACGUAUCUGCUUCUUUUUUUCCUUGUCGUGUGCUGCCGCCACCACCGCUAUACAUAACUGAGAGAUGGAGAGAAAAUAUAUAAAGUGAGGAGAGAAAGAGAGAUUCUACUUCUCAGGGAUAUCGAGGGGAAAAUUCACGCUGCUACUUAUUUCUGUGUGUGCGCAAAGUGUGUCUGUGGAAUGUGUUGUUGUCUUAUAGCCUCUAUGUUAUAAAAUAGUGCAUAUUGUGGACUUUUGUGUUGUUACUGCCAGCGAUGACGACGACAACGACAACGACAUUCGACGCCAUGCCAAGCAUUUGAACAAAAAGAGGAAGAGAAAAAACAUAAAUGGACUUUCGCCUAGACCUUAACCAUAUUAUUACUAUUAUUAUCAUUACGGUCCAUACUAUGAUAUUAUAAUCAUUGCAUUUAUUUGCGAUGUUCUCUCGUAUACGAUUUUUAAAUUUAAAAACAGAGAAAGAGUAACUAAAAUUUACCAAGCUUAGACUACGGGAAAAUCGCCGACUAUGUAAAAAAUUAUGUUUUUCUCGUUUCGAGUCCUCCAUUAUUGUUAAUUAUGAUUAAUUGUCAAUCGAUGUCUCGAAAACAAACUGUUUAUAAGCGACGGUUUAAACUUAGCAGAUGUAGACUGUAAUAUUUUUUUAUUUUAUCACUAUAGUCUUUUUUUAUUUUCUCCGUGUACAGAAGGGUGAAAAUGAAAAACAAUUUGUAAAUUAUUUAGCUUGAGUUCGUGUACAAAUAGAUUAUUAAUGUGUAUUAUGAAAAUGCGUUCCUUUAGACAAAGAUGGAGUCAAGCAGUUGAUUUAAAAGUUAUAAAAAAAGCAAUUUCUGUUCAUCGUUCAUGUAAAAUCGUUCGUUCUGCGCUCGUGUGUUAACGCUCACUUUAUGAAUUAUAUUUUUCAAGAAAAUCAUGUAAACAAAUAUUUUUACGAAAAUAUAACAGAUGUGUGAAAUUGACAAAUGGGCCUGCCUCGCCAAAACGACCGAAGCGCGCGCAUGCAUUGGAAAAAAAGUAUAAAUAUAUAUUAAAAAAAUAUAUGGUAUUUUACGCUCUUGGUUAAAUGUCAGUGUGCUAUGAUCAAUGCUUUAAGCGACGAAUUAUCUAAUAAUAAUUGUUAUAAUAAUUAUAUAGGCGCGCGCGUACGGAAAGAGCAAAAACUUUCGAAUAACGCUUCGCGGUUAACUUUUGACAGCGAGUGUGUGUGUGUGUGUACGCGUAUGUUGUGAGCUCGUUCUGUUUAUGUGUGUUGUGUAUUUGUCCGCAUGCAGCCUGCGAGAGAAGCUCGCGAGAGCGUGAACUGGCAGUCUCGACCAUGGCGACCAUUUCGCGAGCGUGAGCUACCACCGCAUGGUGUGCUGCGUGCGAGUCUGCAGGCACAAACAGACGGACACACGCGUUACGCAUAUGUUAUACAUUAUUACAUAUUCACACUGCUGUACGUAACUUAUUAUCGAAAAAGAGCAGAAUAGCAAAAAAAAAGAAAAAAAAAUAACGAUUUUUUCCCCCCUCGGAGAUUAUUACGCAUGUGUGCGUGUGAAAGUGUGGGCGAUUGUCUGUGUAUACGCGCGCGCGGGAGAGCGGCGAAAAAAAAUCAAUAAGUUGCGCUUUUAUGCUGUUUCGGAAUAAAAAAAUGAAUUAGUGUGAGUGAAAAAUGUAUGCAGUGUACGAGUGAGUGUCUGUGUCUUGAUGGACAACUAGAUAGGCAAUUUUUUGUAAUUUUAUAUCGACUGCACUGAACAAAAGGCUGUUGUACUAUAUGUAAAUAUGUAUUUAUGAAAAAAUUAAUCUUUUUCGCCUCGUGUAAGAUAUAUUCUCGAACUUUACUUUUAUUCUCGAAAAAAACCAACAACAAUGCAAAAAAAAUGGUUAAAUAAA